CAGCCCACCAGGCCCCCGUCCCUGGGAUUCUCCAGGCAAGAACACUGGAGUGGGGUGCCGUUGCCUUCUCCAAUGAAAACCUACCCUGAACCAAAUCUGGCUAAGGAAGCCAGGAAACAGCAAAUGAGAGAUUUACCAUCACCUAGAGAGAAGUUUGUUGCUGUGAUCCUGGGAAUCAUCUGUUUUGUCUUGGUGUAUACUCUAGUGAGAGUGAUAACUUUUAUUCCACCUAUUCUAAUACAGGAACAGAAUAACUCCUCUCGGAUAACAAGGCUCCAGAAAGAAUGCCAUUGUGGUCAUUGUCCAAAAGACUGGUUUACAUAUUCCAACAACUGCUAUCAUAUUACUUUUGAAGAAAAAACAUGGAAUAAGAGUUUGACAGCCUGUGCUUCUAGGAACUCUACUCUGCUUUAUUUAGAUAAUGAAGAGGAACUGAAAUUUCUGAAGUCCCUAUCAGUUAUGUCAUGGAUUGCAGUCUUUCGUGAAGGCCAUGGUCAUCCGUGGAUGUGGCAAAAUGGCUCAACUUGCAAACUACAGAUAUCAGACGUAUCACCUGAGAAAAGAAACUGUGCAGUGCUAUCUUCGGGGAUGAUAAUAUCAGAUGACUGUGAAUUCCCAAAUAUGUAUACUUGCAAGCACAAGCUUGAGAAUUAAAAAGUAAGUUUGGCUGCUGUUGGAUAGCUUCAUCUCUAUGAAAUGGAAAUAAUAGUAUGAUUGUAUAAACUUCAAAAUGCAUUGUAUUCUUUUUUCUAAAAGUGGGAGUUUUUUCAAAAAUUAUUGAAAUUUAAUAUGCACACCAGAAAGUACAGAUAUCAUUCCUUUGGUGUCUGGCUUUUUUUGCUCAACUAUAUAUUUACAGCAAUCAAACUUUCUAAAGGAUCGCAUGGUACAUCAUUUACAUGAAAUAUCAAAAAUAAGAAAAAUAAGAAAAGAGAGACCAGAAGCAGAUUAGUGAUGACCAAGAGUAGUGGGGAGGUGGGGAUAGGAAAUUAUUGCUAACAGAACAGUAAUGAAUACUUUCUAGAUUUUGAUAGUGGUGAUCAUUGCAAAUUAAAAAUGUAUCUAAAAUAACUGUUUAUACACUUUAAAUGGAUGGAUUUUAGGCUGUGUAAGUUACACCUCAAUAAAGCUGUUUUAAAAAACUGCUUGGAACUGCAUUUAAUCUUUAAAAUAAAUUGCAUAGAGAGUCAUCUUUGCAAUAUUGACUCUUCCAAUCAGUACUAUGCU